CAAUUUUUGACGCUCAUAAGAUCUGAGAGUGGCCAAGUGCACCUAAUUGAUUCGUAUUGUCCGCAUUUAGGCGCCAAUUUUAACGUGGGCGGAAAGGUGGUUGACGACAACUGUGUGCAGUGUCCUUUUCACGGAUGGGUGUUCUCCGGAGAAACAGGCAAAUGUACACGAAUACCGUACGAUAACGGGACGAUUCCUGAACAAGCAAAAGUAGCUGUCUGGCCAGUCUUAGAAAGAAAUCAGCACAUCUAUGUAUGGUAUCAUUGCGACGGAAAUGAACCUGAAUGGGAAAUACCGGAAAUCGAUGAGAUAACCAGUGGGGAGUGGACGUACGGUGGACGCACCGAACACGAAAUUAUGUGCCAUUGUCAGGAGAUUCCCGAAAAUGGCGCCGAUAUCGCACAUCUCAAUUACUUGCACUUGACUGGACCAAACAGAGGUUGGGACCUUGGAUUUGGUUGCAUAACUCAA